AUGGCGUUCUUCGUCCCUCACGAUUCCCGCCCGAUCCUCCCCCCUCUUCAUACGCUCAGUCUUCGCGAUACAACUGACGAAGACGAGCUGUCUAGCGCAGACGACACUUACGAUUCUAAUGACCAAUGUACUCCCGACUCAGACAUUGAAUCCACCGGGUCUCACUGGAUGCGCAUACGCCAAACGUCCAUCUCAUCCACGACUUCUUCAUGCACUGUAGCAUCCCGCGACACGUCUCCUUGCGACGUACGACCAUCAUCCACACUGACCCCAUCUCGUAAUUUCUCUCUUGUCCGCACUACAAUGGACAAAGCGAAUGCUCUCAUCGUCAUCCCAGAGGUCCCGUCCAUCCCGCAACUUCCGGGUUCCGAACGUUCUUCAAUGAGUAGCGCUGAAUCCGCUCGCCGUGGCAAAGCGUUUCUCGUAGUAGGCCCCUCCAUUGAACGCUUUCGCCAUCCCGAGCGCCGCAUCGCCAAAGGAGCGCGUGUUCACCCAUACCUUAUGGUUCCUCGUCAGCACAGACGCCAAUCCACACCAUCGACCCCAACAGUAGUAUAA